UUAUGUAUCCUCUCUCGCUAGAAGAGACAGCACUUCACACAGCAAACAAUUCAGUGAUUGUUAGAAAAUCAAUGGCUCCACAGCUUCUGAAAAAUCAUAAUGAAGACAUCGAAAAAAUCAAAGAGUGGCUCUCAAAGCAACCCCAUCUUCCUCAAAAUAUCGGUGAUUUAUUGCUCUUGAGAUUUUUGCACACUUGUAACUAUAGCCUAGAGCAAACCAAACAUUUGAUUGAUUUAUUUUUUACGAUUCGUUCACAAGCUCCUGAAAUAUUCGGAAACCGCGAUCCCACAGACCCUAAUAUUCAAGAAGUGUUCAAGAUAAUUGACCUAGUACCACUACCAUCACCAACAAAAGAAAACUAUAAGGUGUUUAUAUACCGGCUGGCAGAUCCGGAUCCCGAUAGAUAUAAUUUUGUGGAUUCUUUAAAAACAUUUUUUAUGAUUGCUGAUACCAGAAUAGUGACGGAAACAGAGUUUCACAGUGGAGAAAUUCCUAUCUUUGAUAUGGAAGGUUUUUCUUUGAAACAUCUCACCAAAAUUGUAUUACCGGUAUUGAAAAAGUACAUGUUGUAUACCCAGGAAGCUCACCCCAUCAAACUGAAACAGAUUCACGUACUUAACAUCCCACCCUUCUUGGACAGGUGUUUGGCUAUACUCAAACCAUUUAUGAAAAGCGAAGUUGCUUCUGUGAUACACUUUCACCUUCCUAAUUCCGAAACAUUGUAUGAUUACAUUCCCAGAGACGUAUUACCAGUGGAAUAUGGUGGAAAUAUAGGAAAACUAAAAGAUAUGAAAAAUGAAUGGAUCAAGAAAGUAAUUGCUCUAAAAGAAUACUUUGCCGAUCAGUCGCGGUGGAAAGUUGACGAAUCGAGAAGACCUAUCGAAAAUCAGAACGGAAAACAACUUUUUGGAAUGCAAGGUUCUUUUAGAUCGUUAAAUAUUGAUUAAGUUGACGGAUAUCGCAGAUUAUUCUAUGACGAAUUAAUCAACGAAAGGCAUUGUGAUGCUUAACAUAAUAAUUAAGCAUGCCGUGAACAACACAUGUUUGCUUCACCGACGGUAUAAUUACUUUCCAUUCUAUUAUGUACUUCCACAAUUUCAUUUCUUUACUCGUUGUCUUGUGUAAUGGGAUGACAGGUAAAAGAUUUUUGUUGUAGUUUAGUGGUACGUCAUUAAUGCUGUCUUAAACUAUUUUGGGCCUCGUUCACCUUGAGUUAAUUAGGUAUUGUUAAUUGUUACAGGGUUUUUAUUAAACUAUAGAACAUG